AUGAACGACCUGGCCCCCGCCUACCCGUCGCUCCGCCCGCAGGGCCCCGCCUGCGAGUCUGUCAGCCCUGACGUGUGCAUCUCCGUCGAGAAAACACGCCGCAUCAUCGAGUCGUGCAUGCUCUCCUUCCUCCACGCCCAGCUCGACGUCCUAGAGCCCCGUCCGCCACUGGGCCGCAGGCGAGGAGUGUCCGAGAGCCAUCUGAGUAGCUACUCUGGCCCUCGUGCGGCCUCCAACGGUGCCAUACGCCCCCUUGCAGCGUCCCAGCCACACCAUCAUCCCACGAACGACGAUGAUCCUGCUCGUACGGCCCGUCAAGGCACAAUACCCCAGCCGGGGAGCAUACCUGGCGCUAUCAAACGGAAGCCCCUUCCAAGCACCGCGGCCGUGCCGAGCUUCAGCUAUGCCCCACAGCGCCCGGGCCAGGCUACGGACGAUGCCAGGCAGAGCUCUCGGCCCCAGGGCCGUGUUUUUCGUGCUCUAGAGGAGUAUCUCUACACGUCUCUCGAUGGCUGUGACAUGCUCAACAACUCGUUCCUCGCCAUCGGCUCGCGCCAUCCUCGAGCUGCGAGCGAAGGCUCCCCUAUUCGAAAGGCUGAUGUGCACUGCUCGCAAGCUCCAACGUCGCUGCAGCUGGAUGGCAAAUCGUUUCCCCUCGCUAAUAUCGCUGAAAAUGGCAAUGAGUGCUCGGGCAACCGCCCCGUGCGGCACAAGUCUACAAAUGGCCACCAAAAUCCAAAACCAAGUACCUCGCAAACUGGCUUUGUGAGCUCGAAAAGCCCCCAUAUCAAUUGGUUCGAACUUGCUGAGUGGUACUACUUGAUACUCCACGCGGGUGAUUCGUGGAAUGCCCUCUGGCAGCGGAUGAAGCCUGCCGAACCCGACGCCCUGCCAAAAUGGGAAGCUGUCAGCUUAUCUCUCUUGGAAGAGAUGUUCUCGGAAUCGCAGUUUCGUCUAAGAAUGGUCCUGCUCCGUGCAACUGAAAAGCUCCUUCUACGGCCAAGACGGCCUCUGGAGCGGCCAGAAGAUACUCGCUUUUUACUCAUCAUUCUGGCCAAUCCAUUACUAUAUCCUGGUAGCUACAGUUCCUGGAAGCUGCCUCGCAAGCUACUCGUCCCUCCUCGUGCCAAUGAUUCAAUGGUAAACGGCAAUUCCACCGCACCGACGUCCGAACCCUCCUCUUCACAAAAAAACAGCGGAAUCAACUUUAAUAAAGUAGUUGAAUCCAGUGAUCGUCGUUUUGUCGUCAUGAAAAGGACCAUCGGCCUUCUCUCCAACCUAUCCAGCGAAUGCCACCAUCUAUUGAUCUCCUGGUUCUCAAGAUUAUCUGAGACGCACUUCCGGCAGCUGGUUGAUCUCAUUGGGAGCUUCGUCACGUAUAGGUUAAAUCGGGGCAAGAAGCGACGGCCGAGCAAGUCGCAAACGCUAGGGGAGAACAUCGAGGAACUUGUUCCCACCUUUUCGAGUGCUAAUACUGUCAUGCCGGCCCAGCUACACUCCGCCUUGCAGCGUGAUAAUCCUUCGUCUAAGCCGCCAAAGACUGACCAUACAACCGUUGUCUACAGCGACGAUUGGCAGCUAAAGGCCGCCGCUCGCGUGAUGUCUCUGCUCUUCCAAGCAAAUACCUCGACUCAGCGUCGAAGACCCGAGCAGCAGUUAUCGCCCGACUCGAGUCCAAACGCAACGCACGCCAUGAUUCCAAUCAGCACCUUCUACAAUAUGCUCCUUGAUUAUUCCGACCUCAUUGCCGAUUUCGAGACGUGGGAGUCGCGGAGCGGGAAGUUCACCUUUUGCCAAUACUCGUUCUUUCUCAGCAUUUGGGCGAAAAUCAGCAUUCUGGAACACGAUGCUCGCCGCCAGAUGGAGGCGAAGGCGCGAGAGGUUUUCUUUGAUAACAUUCUGGGCCGCAGGGGCGGCAGUCAGUACCUUGUUCUGAAGAUACGAAGGGAGUGCUUGGUUGAGGACAGUCUCAGCAGGGUCAGCGAGGUAAUUGGCUCAUCAGCGGGGGAUAUCAAAAAGGGCUUGCGCAUUGAGUUUGUUGGGGAAGAAGGUGUAGAUGCUGGUGGCCUACGAAAAGAAUGGUUUUUAUUAUUAGUCAGGGAGGUGUUUGAUCCUUUACAUGGUAAAGUGUCCAGCCCAUAUUCCAAUGUGCGAUGCAGGAGUGCUAACCACCAGCUGGCAGGCUUAUUUCUUUACGACGAAGACUCUCAGUAUUGUUAUUUUAAUCCUCACUGUUUUGAGUCGUCAGAACAGUUUUUCCUUGUGGGCGUCGUCCUUGGGCUUGCUAUCUACAAUUCUACAAUCUUGGAUGUUGCCCUACCGCCAUUCGCAUACCGGAAGCUCCUCGCCUCAGCUCGAGUUGCUGACGUUCCAACGUUGUCUAUUCCAUCCCAGCCUUUCAGAUGCACAUUGGAGGACCUGGCAGAAUACCGCCCGGCACUCGCAAGGGGCCUACGGCAGCUUCUUGAAUAUGAUGGCGAUGUGGAAGAGACGUUUUGUCGAGACUUCGUGGUCCAGGUUGAGAGGUAUGGAGAGACAGUGGAAGUCCCACUCUGUCCUGGGGGCGAAAAAAGACCGGUCACCAAUUCCAAUCGGCGGGAAUUCGUGGACCUCUAUGUCAAGUACGUACUCAACAAGGCCGUUUCCCGACAAUUCGAGCCCUUCAAGCGUGGCUUUUUCACCAUCUGCGGCGGAAAUGCGCUUCAUCUGUUCAGGCCCGAGGAAAUUGAACUCCUGGUUCGAGGUUCAGAUCAAGCAUUGGAUAUCUCGUCAUUGCGCGCCGUGGCAAAGUACGACAACUGGCAGGUAGCCAACCCCGAAAAAGAACCCGUUGUCAAGUGGUUCUGGGACUUCUUUUCUCGCAUCUCACCUCGCGACCAGCGAAAGGUCUUGGGUUUCAUUACCGGCAGCGACCGCAUUCCCGCCAUGGGAGAAACGAGUCUGGGUAUUCGCAUCCUGUGUCUGGGCCAGGACUCGGAGCGCUUCCCGAUAGCGAGAACGUGCUUCAACAUGCUCUCGCUGUAUCGGUAUAGGACGCGACAAAAGUUCGAGUCUAAACUAUGGCGGGCAGUGGUUGAGAGUGAAGGGUUUGGAUUAAAGUGA